AUGAACAGAUUACUCCAACAAUCAGUCAGGCUGUCUCUUAAGUUAAGGUCUGUUCAAAAUCUUAAGCCGUUGAAUGGGUACCGUCAUAGCUCAUCUUCACCUGGCUUCGCUGCUGCCAUCGAGGUGGGUGAAAAAUUAGUUGAACCAAAAAAGAAGCUUGAUGACCCAAUUUCAAUUGUUAGUCAUGAAAUGAGCUCGUUAGCCAAAAAUAUCGCAUCACUUAUUGGCUCGGGAAACCCUACCUUGAAUAGAGCCGCUGCUUACUAUUUUGAAUCGGAUAGCAAAAAGCUUAGACCUUUACUUGUGCUUUUAUUGUCCAAAGCCUUAGCAGCGAUUCCAAAAGAACAAAGAAAUAGAUUGAAACCAGAUCAUUUUGACACUUGUGAUCAACCAGCCUACUCUGGGGUCACAAGUAGUAUCAACAACGUCACCAAUGGAACACCUGAUAACUCGCUAACUCCACUCAAAAUCUUACACGGUAUAAACCCUAGUUUAAUAUUGGCACCAUUGUCAUCUCCUUUCGAAUCUUUACCUGUGGAAAAAGAUAUUAAUGCUGACAUUUUGCCUAAGCAAAGAAGAUUGGCGGAAAUUGUGGAAAUGAUCCAUACUGCUUCGUUAUUGCAUGAUGAUGUUAUUGACCAUUCGGACACUAGAAGAGGCAGACCAAGUGGUAACGUUGCCUUCACAAAUAAGAUGGCUGUCCUCGCCGGCGAUUUCCUUCUAGGCAGAGCAUCGGUAGCUAUUGCGAGAUUAAGAAACCCAGAAGUGAUUGAGUUGAUCUCUACUUCAAUUGCGAACUUGGUAGAAGGGGAAUUUAUGCAAUUGAAAAAUACCAUCAUGAAUAGAAACCCAGAUAGAUUGGAUAAUGGCAAAGAAAUACCUCGUCCAACUGGUAAAGUUCCAAAUCCGGGCCAUGAAUAUUCUGUAACCUUGCCAGAAAAUACAACAAAUAUUACCCACGAACAAAAUUGGGACGCUGCCUUCCAGUAUUACUUACACAAGACUUACUUGAAGACCGCUGCCUUGAUUUCUAAAUCAAGUCGUUCAUCUGCAGUUUUAUCUGGUGCUCAAGAAGAUGUUUUGGAAAACUGUUAUCAAUUUGGCAGAAACUUGGGGAUCUGUUUCCAAUUGGUGGAUGAUAUUUUGGAUUUCACAAGAACUUCUGAUGAGCUCGGGAAACCAGCGGGUGCUGACUUGCAACUAGGCCUCGCCACUGGUCCUGUUUUAUAUGCUUGGAAAGAAAACCCGGACUUGGGUCCAAUGAUUGCCAGAAAGUUCUCCCAAAAGGGAGACAUUGAGUAUGCCGUCAAAAAUGUCGAGAAAUAUAACGGUUUGCAGAAGACCAAAGAGUUAGCGGAGGAAUACAAAAACAAAGCCUUAGAAAACUUAAGGACUUUACCAGAAUCAGAUGCCAGAGCCGCUUUGGAAUUCUUGACUAACACCGUCACCACAAGAACAAAAUAG